AUGACCCUCUUCCGAGCCUGCCUCGAUCUCCACGCCGGCCAAGUCAAGCAGAUCGUCGGUGGCUCAUUGGACCUGCGUGAACCGGACAAGCUCAAGACCAACUUUGAAUCAUUGCCCAGCAAACGACGAGGUUGCCCGGCGAGCACUAGAAUCCUGGCCGGGCCAGAUCCAGGUCGGCGGAGGGAUCAACCUGGAAAACGCACAGCAGUGGAUCAACGCCGGCGCAUCAAAGGUUUAUCUCCCAAAGUCAAAGCCAUCCCCACCCCAGAUUCGAGCAGCUCUGGCCGCUCGAGAAAUUCUCGAGACCGGGAGGGCGGUGGGAAUGGACAGCGCCGUGGAAGGGAUUCUUCGUCUUCUUCAUCUGGUCACGGCGGAGCUCGCCUGAAAGAAACGAUCACUACCCAUACUGAAUCAAGGAGAAAUAAACCAUAA